ACCGCCCAAACUCGCCUCCCUUCUCGGUCUCUUCCGGGCGGACUCUCGGCAGCUGGCAGCUCCUCCUCCCCUCUUGUGUGGUGUCUUUCCUCCCCAAACAUCCUCGGACGUGGACAGUUUCGCUGAAAAGCACUUUCCUCUCUUGAAAUCACCAGUUUGUUUUUUUUUUCUUUUAAAAAUCCAUCGACCCGCGAGAAAGGAGGGCUCAUUAUUUCCCCCAAAUCUUUGUCAGCAAUGGGGACUUGGAGCGGCUUCUGCCCGGGAUGGCACUUCUUAUCUCUGGGUGUGUGGCUGGCGGUCGCCGCCAACACCUUCCAAGGCACAAACGCGGAAAUCCGUUGCGCAUCUUGCCCGUCGCCGGUUCAACUUCACGUCCUUAAAAGCACCCGAAUGGAGUUGAAGGGACUCGAGGUGACAAUGGAAAAUACUGUAAAGGACAUCAGCUGGAGGAAUGUGCCCGACUUUGAGACGCACACGCCGGGGUCCACGGUGGGAAGUGACCGCGGUGAGGAUAAAGGAGAGCCUGUGCUUCGUGCGCACCAGAGACCGAAGAGAAGCGCUUCGGAGUUUUCAGACUUCGGUGAGAGUCAACCAAGCCGACAUUCUGGCACCUCGCUGGAUGAGCUCCGGUCGUCCGGACCCGGACGGUCAGAGUCCAGAAAGACCAAGGACGAGUGGAGAGGAAGUAACCGACAGGACGAGCCCAAGCUGACCGCCGGGACGUUCGCCUUGACCGGGGACUCGGCUCACAACCACGCCGUGGUCUACUGGUCCGGAUUGAACAGCAGCGUUAUCCUGAUUCUAACCAAGCUGUACGACUUCCAUAUCGGCAGUGUCACUGAGAGCACUCUGUGGCGGUCUACUGACUACGGUUCUACGUAUGAGAGGAUGAAUGACAAAGUCGGAUCUAAGACCGUUCUGAGUUACCUUUAUGUCUGUCCAACCAACAAGAGAAAGAUUAUGGUGUUGACCGAUCCAGAGUUUGAGAGCAGUGUACUCAUCAGCACGGACGAGGGAGCCAGUUUCCAGAAGUACCGCCUCACUUUCUACAUCCUCAGCCUUUUGUUCCACCCCACUGAAGAGGACUGGGCCUUGGCCUACAGUCACGACCAGAAGCUGUACAGCUCAUUAGACUUCGGGAGGAAAUGGCAGCUUGUCCAUGAGCGCGUCACCCCAACACGAUUCUACUGGUCCGUGUCAGGUCUAGACAAGGAGCCAGAUCUCGUCCACAUGGAAGCCCAUACCCCAGAUGGAAGUGUGCAGUACAUCACAUGCAGAGUGCAGAUUUGCACAGAAGCCAACAGGAACUAUCCCUUUUCUGGAUACAUUGACAUCAGCUCACUGGUGGUUCAAGAUGACUACAUAUUCAUACAGGUGCCUACAUCCGGACGAGCUUCUUAUUAUGUUUCUUACAGGAGAAACGUAUUCAUCCAAAUCAAACUUCCAAAAUAUUCCCUGCCAAAGGAUUUACACAUUGUCAGCACAGAUGAGAAGCAGGUAUUUGCGGCCGUGCAGGAGUGGAACCAGAAUGACACCUAUAACCUCUACCUGUCUGACACUAGCGGGAUCUACUUCACUUUGGCUAUGGAAAAUGUCAAGACCACAAGGGGCAUAGGAGGAAACCAGAUGCUGGAUUUGUAUGAGGUGGCAGGCAUUAGAGGCAUGUUGAUCGCCAACCAACGGCAAGACAACCAAGUGAAGACCCUCAUCACCUACAACAAAGGCAGGGAUUGGAGGCUUCUGCAAGCUCCUGCAACUGACCUGGAUGGAACUGAAAUCCACUGCAUUCUGCCUUUCUGUUCACUCCAUCUUCAACUGCAAAGUUCAGAGAACCCCUACUUGUCAGGGGCAAUCUCCACCAAAAUCUCUGCACCAGGGAUCAUUGUUGCUACAGGGAACAUCGGAGCUGAAUUGUCCUACAACAACGUGGGCAUGUACAUAUCAUCGGAUGCGGGGAAUAGCUGGAGACAGAUUUUUGAAGAGGAGCAUAAUGUUUGGUUUCUGGAUAGAGGAGGAGCCCUUGUUGCUGUUAAACAACCCUCCGUGCCAACCAAACACUUAUGGGUCAGCUUCGACGAAGGGAGGCAAUGGACCCAGCACAGCUUUUCUUCUGUGCCUCUGUUUGUGGACGGCGUUUUGGUGGAAGCUGGGGCAGAGAACCAGAUCAUGACCUUCUUUGGACAUUUCAGCCACCGCUCUGAAUGGCAGCUCAUAAAGAUAGACUACAAGUCCGUCUUCAGUCGGAAAUGUACUGAGGAGGAUUAUCAAACAUGGCAUUUGCACAAUCAGGGAGAGCCAUGUGUUAUGGGACAAAAGCAGAUUUACAUCAAACGCAGACCGGGGAACUACUGCAUGCUGGGUAAAGAUUACUCUGGUCUCCUCUCUGCAGAGUCUUGUAUUUGCCGAGCCCAUGAUUUCGAAUGUGACUACGGGUAUGAGCGCCGAAGCGAUGGGAACUGCAGACCCGCCUUCUGGUUCAAUCCUUCUUCCCCCACCAAAAGCUGUCGCCAUAGUCAAAACUAUCUCAACAGCACAGGGUAUCGUAAAGUGGUGUUAAAUAAUUGCACCAAUGGAGUGAAAGAACUGUACACAGCCAGAAAGCAACAAUGCCCAAAGAAAUCUCCCAAGGGACUUUUGCUGACCACCAAAGAUGAUAGACUGGCUGCCAACCUGGGAACUAAUGUGACCUUCCUGGUUCAUCUGGACGAGGGCGAUUCUAUACAGACCAACAUUCAACUGGACUUUGGCGAUGGCAUUGCUGUGUCCUAUUCCAACCUCAGCUGGGCUGAAGAGGGGAUCAAACAUGUGUACAAGUCCGCAGGAAUAUUCCGUGUCACUGCCCUGGCAGAAAACUCCCUCGGUUAUGAGACAACAACACUCUAUCUGCAUGUCACUUGUCCUGUGGAAAAUGUCCAGCUUCUUGCUCCCUUUGUGGUUGUAAGAAACAAGGAGGUCAACAUCUCAGCAGUUGUCUUACCCACUCACCCACGCACAGUCACCUAUUUCUGGUGGCUUGGCAACAACACUGAGCCAGUGGUCACAUUGGAUGGGAGUGUCGCAUACGCCUUUCCCCAUGAGGGAAUGUACCCUGUCACAGUUCAAGUCGCUGCAGCAAACGUCAUAUUCCAAGAUACAAAAACCAUAGCAGUCAGAGAAUUCUUCAAAUCGAUACUGUUAUCGUUCUCCCCGAAUCUGGACGAGUUCAACCCUGAUUUACCUGAGUGGAGGCAGGAUGCCGGGAGAGUUAUUAGGAAAGCUGUUCUCCAAGUGGCUGAGUUCCCAGAAGAACAGCUUUUGGUAGCUGUGUUACCUGGUGUUCCAACUGCUGCUGAACUAUUCCUGUUACCGCACAGGAACCAGUCACAGGACAAGAAAAGGAGUGAGCAGGAGCUAGAGCGGAUAUCUACCAUAAUUGUAAAUGCACUGAAUCAAAAUCUGGUGGAGUUUGAGCUGAAGCCUGGCAUAAGAGUGAUAGUCUACAACACACAGCUAACACUGGCUCCAUUGGUGGACGUGAACCCGCGACAUAGUAGUUCAGCUAUGCUGAUGCUCUUAUCAGUGGUGUUCCUGGGCCUAGCAGUGUUCCUUAUCUACAAAUUCAAAAGAAAAAUACCUUGGAUUAACAUCUACGCAGAGGUGAACCAAGAGAAAGAGCAGGAGAUGAUUAGCUCUGUGGGCCAAGGUGAAAAUGCAGCAAAAAUAACACUGAGUGAAUUCCCCUCAUCUAAAGAACUUAUGGACAAAGAGCUGGAUGCAAGAGUCAAAAGGGGAGCCACGAACACCUAUGAGAGCACAAGGGAGAUACCGAACUGUACGAGCGUGUGAAGCUUUCUCAUGUCCGGGGAGGGGGGGGUCUCUCUUUCAGUUGUGUAAUUCUCAACACAACUCCUGUUAAUAGUUUUUCUAAGGGGUCCCCAUUUUUACAGCUGUGCAUGGAUGUUGUGCGACACAAACAUCCAUGCAGCAAACCAACGUAUUCCAUGAGAUUAUUAUAAAUACAGACAGAAUCUAGUGUUUUGUGGGUGUAUCAGCUAUGUAACAGUUAUCAGGUUGGCAAACUGUUUGCUUUAAAAAUAAUUUCUGUUUUUUAAACGAGGAAUAUUGCUUGAAUAUAGAGUGCAGCGCUAUCACGUGUCCUGUAUAUAUUGUAGCUUUGUAAAAGCUCCUACUCUUGAGUGACAUAGCAAAGAAAGAUCAACGGUCUGGUUCUUAUUGUGUGUUUUGAAAAAAAAAAAAAAAAGAAGAAGCAACAUCCGCUUUACUGUAAAAUGGAUCAUUGACUGGUGCAUGUUCCAACCGAGCAUUCAAUUUAUGUUUUGUAAAUACGGAACUACUGUAAAUAGUUAUUUUCAUAGUCCGUCCAGAAGCCCCCACUGAUCUAUUUCAAGACUCUUCAUCCGCAGUGGGUUGACAUGCAUAUCUUAGAACUGUUUCUAUCAUUGACAAUUUGUUAGCAUAUUGCACAUUUUACAAAACCUCGAUGUUUCUGGAAAUAAAUGUAAAGGAACAAAAUGUACCAUGUUAACUUUUCAUUAUACAUUAGAACAGUGGUUCUUAACCUUGUUGGAGGUACCGAACCCCACCAGUUUCAUAUGCCCAUUCACCGAACCCUUCUUUAGUGAAAAAUAAAUAGUUGUUUUUUUUUCAAAUUCAAGACAAAGUUCAAAGAACAAAACCAACACAGUGCAUGAACUCACAACAAAUUACACACCUGAAAACCAGUGUGACUUCUGCUGUUGCCGUAUCCAUAAUACGCCGAUAGGGAGAAGUUUGUAUUUACACGAUGAGUCGGGUGUGUCUUGACC